AUGGCUACGUUCCGCGUGCUCAUCGCGGUUCUAAUUGCUGUGCCAUCCUUAUCAGUGGCCCAAAACUCGACAACACCGUCUUCAAGCGUCAAACAGGAAAGAUCCAAAGAAGCAAAUGCGGCGUUGAAAUCUGAACAGCAGUACCAAAUGUUGGAGAAUGGUCGGCUGCAGAAUAGAGAUGGGCAGCGAGAAUACGAGACAACGCCGUCUUCAAGCGUCAAGCAGGAGAGAUCCAAAGAGGCAAAUGCGGUGCUGAAAUCUGAACAGCAGAACCAAAUGUUGAAGGAUGGUCGGCUGCAGAAUAGAGAUGGGCAGCGAGAAUACGAGGACCGACUUCGGGAAAAUUCGUCUCCUUCACUGCACUCUUCGAAUGCCUCCACUUCUACUGCUAAUACACCUCAGUCGAAAAGUAUUAUCCCAAUUACAGCUCGUUCUCGCGCACCAAUCCCAUCCUUCAAUUGUUACCGUUGCCCCGUCUUUAAGUAUCGCCCCAUGUUUCCACCAGCAAAGGCCGUUUUUCCCCGCAUAACUUCUCCACAAAUUCGCCCGCUUCGCUACAGAACUCCACCGGCUGGUUUCCCAGCCGCAUCACGCACCCGACCUCCUCCUCCUCCUUACGGAUUUUCAUACGUACCUUAUAAUCUGUUUGAACAACCUCCUCCCUACAGUCACAGACCAGAAUUUUAUAAUUCGCUCCCUCCAUACGAGCAAACAUCCGUAUUUCGUAAUCCAAACCGUCAACCACAUCCUCGCGUAGGAGUCUUCAUUGUUCGUAAUCCGCUCACUCAUAAUCCGGAAUUUAUUGUCCGGCAGAGUCACUGGGCAUAUCAAGGACCACCCCGUUACGGAAAUCCUCCAGCCAGUGUUGCUAGCGCGUCGAGCGUAUCCAAUCAGAACAAUUCCGGAACAACUUUGUCAAACACGAUUGGAUAA